AGACUAUGAACAUGAGCCCCUCCUGCCCUCAGGCUGGUGCCUGGAGACCUGCUAGGGCAGUUUCUGGGCCAUGGACACAGCUUUGAAAAGAGGGAGGCUGGACAGCAUCUCUGGGUGCUGAGACUUGCUUAGGGGCAGAGAGACCGAGCUGCUGGGCAGUCCUUGGUUUGCUGGUGCAUUCUUGGACACCCUAGCAAGUGUCCCCAGUUCUGGGCAGGACCCUCUCCUCAUCUUUCUCUACCACUGGCCCAGCCAUGGCACUAAAAGGCCGAGCCCUCUAUGACUUCCGCAGCGAGAACAAGGAGGAAAUCAGCAUCCAGCAGGAUGAGGACCUGGUCAUCUUCAGCGAGACCUCGCUGGAUGGCUGGCUGCAGGGCCAGAAUAGCCGUGGUGAGACAGGGCUUUUCCCUGCCUCUUAUGUGGAGAUUAUUCGUUCUGGCCCCAGCUCCAGCCCUGCAGGCUCUCCCAGCACCCAGGUGAGCUUGUAUGACAGAUCCAAUGUGGCUAACCUUUCCAGGAGUGCUGAGGGCAGUGGCUUCUUCCCAAACCAGGGCAGCUUUGAGGAAGACGAUGAUGAUGACUGGGAUGACUGGGAUGAUGGAUGCACAGUGGUGGAGGAGCCACGGGCUGGUGAGCUGGGCACCAAUGGGCACCCCCCGCUCAACCUCUCCUACCCUGGUGCCUACCCCAGCCAGCACAUGGCCUUCCGGCCCAAGGCAGCCCUGGAGCGGCAGGACAGCCUGGCAUCUGCCAAGCGGGGCAGUGUGGUGGGGCGCAACCUUAACCGCUUCUCAUGCUUCGUGCGCUCGGGCGUAGAGGCCUUCAUCCUGGGUGAUGUUCCCAUGAUGGCCAAGAUCGCCGAGACAUACUCCAUUGAAAUGGGCCCUCGUGGCCCCCAGUGGAAGGCCAGCCCCCACCCAUUUUCCUGCUCUGUGGAGGACCCCACCAAACAGACAAAAUUCAAGGGCAUCAAGAGCUACAUCUCCUACAAGCUCACACCCACCCACAUUGGCUCCCCUGUCUACCGGCGCUACAAACACUUUGACUGGCUUUAUAACCGCCUGCUUCACAAGUUCACUGUCAUCUCGGUGCCCCACCUGCCAGAGAAGCAGGCCACAGGCCGCUUCGAGGAGGACUUCAUCGAGAAGCGGAAGCGGAGGCUCAUCCUCUGGAUGGACCAUAUGACCAGCCACCCUGUGCUGUCCCAGUACGAGGGGUUCCAGCAUUUUCUCAGCUGCCUGGAUGCUAAGCAGUGGAAGAUGGGCAAACGCCGGGCGGAGAAGGACGAGAUGGUGGGUGCCAGUUUCCUGCUCACCUUCCAGAUCCCCACAGAGCACCAGGACCUGCAGGACGUGGAGGACCGUGUGGACACGUUCAAGGCCUUCAGCAAGAAGAUGGACGACAGCGUCCUGCAGCUCAGCACUGUAGCAUCGGAGCUGGUGCGCAAGCAUGUGGGUGGCUUCAGAAAGGAAUUCCAGAAGCUGGGCAAUGCCUUCCAGGCCAUCAGCCAUGCCUUCCAGAUGGACCCCCCCUUCAGCUCUGAGGCCCUCAACAGCGCCAUCUCUCACACGGGCCGUACCUAUGAAGCCGUCGGUGAGAUGUUCGCUGAGCAGCCCAAGAACGAUCUCUUCCAGAUGCUUGACAUGCUGUCUCUGUAUCAGGGCCUGCUGUCCAACUUCCCCGACAUUAUCCACCUGCAGAAAGGCGCCUUCGCCAAAGUGAAGGAGAGCCAGCGCAUGAGCGACGAGGGCCGCAUGGUGCAGGACGAGGCGGACGGCAUCCGCAGGCGCUGCCGCGUGGUGGGCUUCGCCCUGCAGGCCGAGAUGAACCACUUCCACCAGCGCCGUGAGCUUGACUUCAAGCACAUGAUGCAGAGCUACCUGCGCCAGCAGAUCCUUUUCUACCAGCGGGUGGGCCAGCAGCUGGAGAGGGCGCUGCGCAUGUACGACAGCCUCUGAGCGCCGGGGGCCACCCUGCCUUCCACCUGGGCACUGCAGGGCCUCCCCGCACCAGCAGCGGCUAGGGCUUGGGAAGAGUCAUGGAUACCCCUGCUGAACUCCUCUAGCCCAUAGAGGUGGGGGCGCAGCGCGGGUGAGAAUGGGGCCAGGAACCCUCCAGGCUGAGGCCUGGGCUGUAGGUCUGUCACUUGAGACCAGGCCAGGGUCUUAGCCUCCCCCAGAGCUUGUGCACUUGGCCACCACCCCCUUCUUCACUCAGCAGACACUGGGGCGUGCUGUGGUCCUGGGUCCGAUGCUGGACAUUCAGGGCUACGACACGCCUGCCCUCAGGGUGUCCCCAGUCGAGGUGGGGGUCAGACAUAGAAACAGAAGGGGGCAAUGCAGAAUGACCCAUGUUAAAUAAGGGGUUCCUGGAAGCUGACAGAGGGGACCACUCAUUCUGCUGGCCGGGGAAGACUCCACGGUGUAGGUGACAUUUGACCAGUGUUUGGAGGAAUGACAAGGACCUGUCAGAUAGUAGAUGAGGACGGUAGAUGGGGAGGACGUUAAGCAGAGAGGAACAGCAUGGGCAAAGCUGUGGAGGCAUGAAAACGCCCGCCCUCUCUCCCUUACCUUUCCCAAGCGAGUUUGUUGCCCUGUCUCGGUGGGCAUUCUGGCCUGUGUGACAGGGGAGGGACCUUCCUUGCUCCCAUGUCCCUGUCCCUGCCCCCCACCCCAGCCCCCUGCAGGAGGGGCUGCAGGCCAACUCACUCCUGAUUCCCCUCUACCUGCUGAGCCCCUAUCACCCCAUGGUUAGGGGACCAUGCAGCAUCUUUUCCCUGGGCUCAAGGAGCCACAAACCCCAGGACCCUGGUGGCAUCUUCCUGGAGGGGGCUCCUAAAAGUUACCAGAUAUUGGAGUUCACCAGCAAUAGCUCCUCACACUUGAGCAAGCUCAGAUCCCCAGGCUCCCAGGCUUCUUGGCCUCUGUGAAUCCCAAAAUCCUUCCUGGUGCACAGGGAACCCAGGGGAAGAAAACAGGAGCCCACCCCCUACCACCCAGGGACCCAGGGCCCACUUGCCCAGGGCCAGCCUCACUGUGAUCCCAGCCUGGGUCCUGGCCCUUUGUGCUGCCUCCCACCCAUGUUUACAUCCUUGAGAGGGCCACUCCUCCUCACCCAGGCCAGGGCGUGGUCCAGCAGCGGGUUGGGGGGGACUGACAGGUGCCACCGCUAACCCCACCCCCAUCCCCAGGAGUUCAUGGCCACUCCUGGCUGCUGCUGCUUGAAACUUUUUUCUGUUUUGUCUUCUUGAUAAAUCUCUUAAGAUAACACAAACAUGACUUUUUUGUUUGGAUCCCAGAAGGGAUGAGGGUGGGGGGAAGGAUAGAACCCUCAUUGCCCCUGAGGUCAUGGCAGGCUCAUAUAGCGGAGGGGAGGGCUGUGCUGCUGGGAGGUGCCGCUGGGGUCUAGAGGGUGCCCUGGACCCCAGCUGGGUGCACAUGCGUCCCAGACCUCACUGUCCUCAAUCUCAAAUGGUGGAGUCCUGCCGGGGGCGUGGCUGUGCUGGUCUGUGAUCUAUGGCUGAUGGCUGGAUGCAGAAAGGAUAGGAGGCCCCAGGACAAUCUAAUUGAUGGGGCUCCUCCCCACAGGGAGGCCCCAGUCCAGGGGAGGGGUUGGGGCUCAGAAACCGUGUCCUGCCCCAGGCAGUCCUGGAUGCCCAACCCUGCCCUUGGGGGUGACCCAGGCAGGGUGAACAGCAACCUGUUCACACAUGGGAAAGGGGAACGCUGGUGAAGCCACUGGGCUCUUUCAGGGCGAUGGGGACCUGGUGGAGGAGGAGUGCUGGGUCCAGACAUCGGGGGAGGCUUUGGCCAGGCCAGUGCCCCCGAGUUCAGCUUGUGGCAGUGAGAUGAGACAAGAGGCGGCAGGUGCAGUGGGGAGGGGGCAGCAGAGGCUUCCUGUACGGGGCAGAGCAUCCUCAGGAACUACUGGAAAGGGCCCUUGGCCUUGGGUCAAAAUUAGGUCAGAUUUGGGACUUUUCUGUGGAAUUUUCCCCUCUUCUCUGCCCCCCUUCCUUCAUUUUCACCCCCCUUCAAGGACCUUCCCACCCUUAACGACUUCUCAGCUUUGACCUCCAGGUGACCUUCUGCAGAGGGCAAUCUGUUUACAGCAGGGGCCGGGGGAGCUCCUUCCCGAGGCCAGUCUGGGUCGUGUGGGAAUGCUCUUAACCCACAUUGCCUGGAAAGCCCCCAUUCAUGCUUCCUGUUCUGGUGAUGCCCUCAUAUCCCUUUCUGGAGAGGGGGCCACCUCUCACGCGUCCCGUCCUCAGGGUGAGGGAAUCCGCCUGACACUUCUUAGGGGAACUUGGACCUAGGAGAAGAACCAGAACCUGAAGUCUUGGGACAAGCCAGGCCUACUCUAAGCACCUUGAGGUCUAGGCUGAGACAGCGUGUGUGGCAGGGACUGAGAUGUCACAACCUUUCUCUGGUAUCUAUCUAUCUCUGUGCGGGUUGGGUGUUGGAAUUUGAGAUCUGUCAGGGCUGGCUACAGUCCCUUUCAGCAGGGGAUGGGGGGAAUGGUGUGUGGGGUGUCCUGGUGAUGGCAUGGUCGUCUGACUGGCUUCAGUCACAUGCUAGACACAUGUUCCAGGCUGAGCUGGGCCCAGCUACCUCUGGUUCCCCUCAUUUUUCUCUGAGAGUAAGGCAGAACCACGGCUUCUCUUGCUGCCCUGGGCAAUUACCAAUACCUGAGUUUGGGGGACCAUGAUCCCCAGUCUUGGCCUAGCCCAGAAAAGGAGUCUAUUUUGUGGCCACGUGUGGGGGUUAGGGAUGAAGGCGGUCCUCAGAUGCUGCAUGCUGUCGCCUCUUGAACACAGGAGGGCCGUGAAGCAUUGCUACAGCUAGAGCAACGCCAGGCCUGGGGGUGCCUGGUGGCCCGAGGCCCAGCUCACCACUGCCCCUCACACAGUCACACACACAUCCACAUGGUCACAGACGUAGCUGCCCAGCCCAGAGCAGACAUAGCCACACACAGCCACCUGUCUACAGGCACAUAAGCCACAUCUGGCCGCAUCUCUCUCUCUCUCUCUCUCUCUCUCUCUCUCACACACACAUACACACACACACACACACACACGCGCGCGCGCGCGCGCGCGCACGCGGUCAUGUGCUCACGCGGCUGCACUCCUAGCAACUGUGCCACACUGUCACUUUCACAGCCAUGUUCACACGUGGCCACGUCCAUACACAUCAUCUAUUUACAGCGUCAGUCUUCAGCCAUGUCAUCACAGCCAUACUACAGUCCCAUGCACACAGUUGUACUCUCACACAUGCACACAGCAAAGAUGUCACGUGUAGCUGCACCAGGACUGUACCUGCACCUCUUGGGGGAGCCAGCUGGGGUCAUCCAUCACCCGGCACCAUCACAUUCAGCUCUUUAUUGCAGACGAGGAACUUGAGGAGUGGCAGCUGGCCACAUCACCCAGUGUGCCAGGAGAUGCUUUGGCCAGGGCCCACCUCCCUGUAGGCUCUGUGGCCUGGCCUUGCCCAUCCCUGGGCCAGUCCCUAGGUCCAGGCUGCCUCUGAAGGCUCCUGGCUGAAGCCACCGAACAAAACUGCAGGCAUGUCCCAUCUCUUGAGCCAGAGCUAAGGCUGCUGGGUCCAUGAGAGCAGGAGCCAGGAUGUGGUGGGCAGGGCCCAAGCCUCGGGCUGGAAGAACAUUCCUGCACCAUCUCCCCAAGCAUGCAAGGACUGGGCCCGCCCUGCCUGCCUGGCCGCUGACUCAGGCCUCCAGGAGCCAAGCCUGCUCAGUCCUCCCUCCUCCCCCAACCUGCUUCUCCACCAGUUCAGCUCUGGUACCUCUCUGCUGGCUAGGGCAGAAGAGAUGGUGAGCUUUGGCAAAAAGAACUUGGGGAACAAUAAAAAUUCACCUCCCCAGACAUAGCUCAGAAGGGCUGAUUGUGGAACACUGCUCCAGGGUUUAGCAUAGUUUAACACAAACCUUUUUUCCUUUGGUUUUGUUUUAUUAGUCAAAGCCCGGUGCAGUCCAGUCUGUCUAAAAUGUAGUGUCUCGCACAGCUGUGGCCUCCUUGGUCCUCACAGCAUCAUGAUUCCAUUUCAUGGACAAGAGACCAAGACUUGGCCAGAGGGAGGACUGGACCCACAUUGGAUCACACGGUGAGGCCGAGAGAGGCGGGACUCGAACCCUGCUCUUUGGCUUCAUUCCUUAAAGUCACAUGAAUUAACUCGUGUAGGUUGGAAGGAAGAGGGGGUGGCAGACCUCUGCUUCAGAGGUGAAAAAGAAUGGGAGGCUGGUGAGCCCAGCUGCUGAAAUGUGAGGGGGCUUGCGGGUGGGUGAGUCCCAUUAGCCCCCAGGGAUGAAGAGGCUGAGGAUGGCAUCGCACGGUGGUGUCUGAGUUGACAGGGUCUCCGUCACAGAUGAACGUGUGGGGAGCAUCACUUCAUUUCCGUAUAACUGACCUGAAUUCCUAUCUUGCUUUCUCAUUCCCCCACAUGGUAGAAAUUAAUCUCAAAUCAGUCGUGAGGGAUGCAUCUACGUUUUGGGAUGGCACAUUUGAAGACCAUAGACAGGCCCCUGGCAUUUUGAAUUUUAGAGGCUGAAUCCCACACCCUGUCACAGGAAAUUUUGCCAGCAUUCCACAUUAAAAGUCAUUAAUAUAUGCCUAUUUGAGUUGGGUUCAGUUUACUACUUGAUGCCUAGUAUUACAGAUAUUUAAUUAAACUUUAUGAAUUUUGUCUUU